AAGAUUUUAUAACUAAGCAUGUCUUACUACCAUAGUGGAAUAGAUCCUAUUGCUAGAUAUAAGGAAAAGGAGAAACAGAUUAAGCAAAGGCAGUAUGAGAGGAGCAAUAGAGCUGUUCACUUAUGGAGAAAGGCUCGCUUUUGUGUUUUAAAAGAACAGGAUUUAAGAGAAAGAAGAGAUGACCGCUCCAUGGCUGUGAACGUGUAUAGUACAAACAACCAGGCAGACAAUCUGAGUCGCCAUGACAUCCUGGCCUGGGUCAACGACAGCAUCCACACAAAUUACGGCAAAAUCGAGGAACUCUGUUCAGGGGCCGCAUACUGCCAGUUUAUGGAUAUGUUAUUUCCUGGUACUAUACAGUUAAAAAAAAUAAAAUUCAGUACAAAGUUAGAACAUGAAUAUAUACAGAACUACAAAAUUCUACAAUCCUCAUUUGGAAAGUUAGGGGUGGAUAAGGUGAUUCCAGUUGAGAGACUUGUAAAAGGACGCUUCCAAGAUAACUUUGAAUUUGUACAGUGGUUUAAACGCUUUUUUGAUGCUAAUUACAAUGGUGAUGGAGAGUAUGAUCCUGUAAUGGCAAGGGGAGGGGAAACUGUGGGAAAUGUUGGAAAACCAGCAGUAAUGAAAUCUCCGGCGGCAGCAAAGACUGGUAUCUCCAGAGGAACAACAAAGGCUCCAACUAGGACAACUACAAAGAGUCCCUCUGCAAUAAGUAAACCAGUAGCCAAUGUUAAAGCCACAGUGAACAGUGGGGGAGGUGAUAAUGGAGCCAAAAUAGCAGAAUUAACGCAACAGAUAAAUGAACUGAGGUUAACAGUGGAAGGACUAGAGAAGGAGAGGGACUUUUACUUCGGAAAGCUUAGGGACAUUGAAGUCACAUGUCAGGAAAACGAGGACAAUGAAGUGAUCAAGAAUGUCAUGGAUAUCCUUUAUGCAACCGAGAGUCAAGAAAAUGCACCAGUGGAUGGAUUUGCUCCUCCCGAGGAGGAUGGAAACGUGGAAGAGGAGGAGGAGUAUUGAGGGCGUAGGCCACACCCACUUAGUGCUAUUUAAAAACACUCAUUAUUUUGGCUCAACCGGUUGCUUUUGUUCAAAGUUUACUUGAAUUCAUCUGAAGGGCUUACAUUACACCUUACCCAAAGGAUUUUCCCUCCAUUUCUACAUCAAAUGGAAUUUGGAAGGAAAGCUGUGUCAUAUGACAAUAUCAAGUGCUAUUGUAGAGGCCGCUGAUUUUUCAGUGGAAUCUCUUGUUUGUUGUAUUGCACAGUGUAUGUAUUAUAGCUGUGAAAAAUAUUUAUCAAUGUGAUAACUUUGUAUUAUAUUUGACCAUGCUGUAUUAUUUCUCCUUUUUUUCAGCCACUGUGUAAUUUUUUUUUUAUAUAACAUUGGGUUUUCCUUAUUGUUUGUAUGUAUAUCUGUUCACUCAAAUUUUUUAAACAUUUCUAAAACUAAAGUUAAAUUUGGGUUUAAAGCAGUUGAGACAAUUUAAGAAUUAUUAGAAUCAUGCUUUUUUUAAUGUUCAUUGUUCUUUAUUUUUCAUUUUUCUUAACAAAUUGUUCAACUCAUUUUGACAUCAUCUUUAUUUUUUUGUUCUCGUACUACUGCUGACUAACAAAGAGAAAAUUAGAAAAUAUAAAUAUAGAGCUAAAGUUUAUUACCAUUUAGGAAAUAUAUUCAGUUGACUACGAUGUGAUAACUUCAUACAAUUUUGAUUGUACAUGUAAUUACAUCAAAUGCAUGAAUCAAAUUAUGUUGAACAAUAAACUCAGUUUAUUAAAGCUAUACAAGAUCUG